CCGCUGUUAGCCGCUGUGAGGCGAUAGUGCAUGUAUCAGAGGAUUUACAGCUGAGGAAUCGUUGAGGAAGAGCUAGAAAAAAAACGGAAAAGAAAAGGAACUAGCUAGCGGGCUAACAUAGUAUUUUUAUAUAAGUUUUACCUUCCUUAUUAUGGCGCCCUUAGACCUUGACAAAUACGUGGAAAUCGCUAAACAUUGCAAAUAUUUACCGGAGAACGACUUAAAGAGGUUAUGUGAUUAUGUCUGUGAUUUGCUGCUGGAAGAAUCAAACGUUCAGCCUGUUGCUACACCUGUUACAGUUUGUGGAGAUAUUCAUGGUCAGUUUUAUGAUCUGUGUGAACUCUUCAGAACUGGAGGCCAGGUUCCAGACACAAAUUACAUUUUCAUGGGGGACUUUGUAGACCGAGGGUAUUAUAGUUUGGAGACGUUUACGUACCUGCUAGCUUUAAAAGCCAAGUGGCCCGACCGCAUCACCCUGCUCCGAGGAAACCAUGAGAGCCGACAGAUCACUCAAGUCUACGGGUUUUACGAUGAAUGUCAGACUAAAUAUGGGAACGCCAACGCCUGGAGAUACUGCACCAAAGUGUUUGACAUGCUGACCGUCGCUGCUCUGAUCGAUGAGCAGAUCCUGUGUGUCCAUGGAGGUCUUUCUCCUGACAUCAAGACUCUGGAUCAGAUUCGAACCAUCGAGCGAAACCAGGAGAUCCCUCACAAGGGGGCGUUCUGUGACCUGGUCUGGUCCGACCCCGAGGACGUGGACACCUGGGCCAUCAGUCCCCGCGGAGCCGGGUGGCUCUUCGGAUCCAAGGUCACUAAUGAGUUUGUUCACAUCAACAACCUGAAGCUGAUCUGCCGCGCCCACCAGCUGGUUCAUGAAGGUUAUAAGUUCAUGUUCGAUGAGAAGCUGGUGACUGUGUGGUCUGCUCCAAACUACUGCUACCGCUGCGGGAACAUCGCCUCCAUCAUGGUCUUCAAGGACGUCAACAGACGAGAGCCCAAACUGUUCCGGGCCGUGCCGGACUCCGAGCGCGUCAUUCCUCCUCGAACGACCACCCCGUACUUCCUGUGAUGAGGAGAGCGGUGCUCCUCUGGUCUGAAGCUUAUUUAUAUGCAACAUGGUGGAAACAUCUUGGGAAGUGGAGUUCUGAGCCCGUCCCGAAACAUGCUGCCUUAAUUCUUAUCCUUUUAAUUUAUUUGUUUAAACAGCUUUUGAGUCCCGCUGAGCCUGGUGUGUGAUGGGAUGUGUGGCUACCAACACGUCUCCACUGGUGUAGAAAACGUUUCGCCUCCUUUCUGUUUUAUAAUCUGAAUAAAAUGUCUUUCACUGA